AUGAACCUUAACAGAAACCACUGUAUCUGUCUCCAGACCUUUGCAAAGGCACAAUCCACAAGGAGGUGGCCGGUUCUCAGAACUUCUCGGACAACAACCGUUGGUGCAAAACUACAAGCAAAGCUAGACAGCUAUAAAGGAUCUAAACUUUAUAAGAACAAAAAGAGGAAAAAAGUAUAUUAUUAUUUAACGAGGCCGGGUGGUGGUGGAGUAGGUUAUUCAUUGAAGAGUGAGGUAGAGGAAACUCUGAAGAGGAUUCAAUCUCACAAAGGUGUGAUUGGCACUAUUGUUGUGAACUCAGAAGGAAUCCCAAUAAGGACAACCUUGGAUAAUUCCACCACAGUGCAGUAUGCAGGCCUGUUCCAUCAGCUUGCCAUGAAGGCCAGAAGCACUGUCCGAGAUAUUGAUCCACAGAAUGACUUGACUUUCCUACGGGUCCGAUCAAAAAAACAUGAAAUAAUGGUUGCACCAGAUAAAGAAUAUCUUCUAAUUGUUAUCCAGAAUCCGAGUGAAUAAACCCAGAGCACGUAUCCAAAAAGCAUCAAGAAAUAUUCAGACUAUGAGUAUAACCUUAAAUAAGUAAACUUGUGACAGUAUGAGGGACCACCAGGCAUGGUUAUGAAUCACACUUAUUCUUAAAUAAUUUUGAUUCAUGUUUUUUUCUAAAACACUUGAAAAAAUAAAUGGCAAUGUUGUAUAACUCA